AUGGACGCUGUCGAGUCGCCCAAUGCCACCUCCGAGUCUGGGACCCUAAGCCCGGCGCACUUCAACCACUCACGCAAGCGCAAGCACUCGGGCUCGACCGACCGUCCCACACGCGAGUAUGGGUUGAUGCGCGACACGGGCAAGCAUGACACCGCCCGCUUCGUCGGCAGCGGCAGCGGCAUUCACUUCAUCCGGGGCGUCUACGUCCGCCUCGCCCGCAAGUCCGCCCUCCGCACCUCCUCGUCCUCCCAGGCCAACAACAUCAACGACCUCGUCCCUGGCGAGGACGACCAGCUGCAGCGCGAGAGUUCUUCUCGUGAUGGCGACGACCUGAGCCUGUGGCGGCCGCACGAGCUGGCUCCCGAGGGUGAGGGUGAUGAUGCUAACCCUUCGUUUGAGCAGCUCGUCGAGUGGUCCAAGAGCUAUUUUGAAGCAUGGCAUCCGACGCUGCCUUUUCUCAGUGCGCCUGAUGUGCUGGGCCUCUUUGAAGAGGUGAGCGCGAAUGGUAUCGCUGCUCUAGGUCACCUCGAGAGGUCGAUUGUCAAGUCGAUAUUGUCCAUCUCGUUGGCUGAUAGCAGGCAAAGAGUUCCCUUUGCUCGGCCUGUGCCAAGCUCACUUGUCUUUCGAACAGUCGAAGAGGCAAUGUCUGCAUCGCAGUUUGCCCUCUACCAGCCAGCAUCAAUACAGGCCACCCAAGCAGCGCUCGCCAUACAACUCUUUCUCGCAUCGAUGCUGCGGCUCAACUCAGCUUCUCGACUAGGCGGGCUGAUUGUCCGCAUGGCCUUCCACCUCGGCCUCCACCGCUGUCCCUCACGAUACCCCUUCUUCACCAAGGAGGAAGCCCAUAUGCGUCGAAGGGUGUUUUGGUGCAUCUACUGCAACGAAAGAUUUCUCUGCCAGGCAUUAGGGCUGCCCCUGGACAUCAGAGACGACGAUGUCGACGUAUGCUACCCCGGAGAGGAAAGACACGGAACACCACUCGACGGCGAAGACAACCGCCUGCAGCUCCUCACCUACCUCGUCAAGCACGCCAGAAUACGGGGUCUCAUUCUCGAGCUGCGGAACAAGUCCAUACACACCCGCGGAGCUUGCAAAUGGUCCAACGAGAUCCACGACGCGGUCGAGGACGAGCCGCACCCGGGCGAGGCCUCUGACGAGAACACGCCGCAGCCCCCGAUAUCAUCGAGCCAUCGCGUGUUCUUGCUCCUUCUGAAAUACGAGUCCAUGAUCUCGCUCAACAGGCCGAUGAUGACGUCGGACCCAUCGAGCCCGGCGUACUCUGCGGGACUGCAGAAUUGCAUCUUUGCGGCAAAGUCAAUUUUCAUUGCGCUGAAGCGGUAUCUGACGCAGCACAAGAUGUCAGAUGAUCCGACGAGCGCGUGUCUCUCUGAGCCGAUGUUGCAGCCUUCGUUUACGUGGGCCGUCUGGAUCAGCGCGUUCAUCCUUAUUUAUGCGGCGUUUGAGAGGCAACUGCCGCUGUCAAGCGCGUUGAAACACGUCGAAUCAGGAAAAGACAUCCUCCGCCACAUCGCCUCCCGCGACACCUCCUGGCCAGAAUACUGCCUCUCCGCCAUCGACGAGCUCACAGCAGCCGUCCGCGAACUCUCCGCAUCCCACAACCCGCUGCGCAGACAAACCAGCGGCCAACCACACCAUCCCCCAAAUCACCAGCCGAGAUCCAGCGAACCCACGCACGCGACCCGUCCGGGGAGCAGCCCCAGCCGCUCACGACACCCGCGCUCCCAGUCCGUCUCCGGCCAACCGGGCACCUCGAACCUGCGCACGCGCUUCUCCCCGUCGGUGGCAGCAUCCUCCGGCCGCCCCGACGACACCAUCCCCGCUGCCGCGGACACCAUGUCCUGGACGCAGACGCAGAGCGACGGGCUGGAGGACGCGAGCGGCAGGUGGCCCACGCAAGCAUCCCCGGCGUCUGGCCCGCCUCUCGCGGCGUGGUCCGCGAGUCCGGGCGCGCAGUCGUUCCAAGCUACCGCACCGCAGGACUCGCCCAACUUUGACAGCCAGCCGUUCUCGCUGGCGCUGGCGGCGACGUCGUUCCCGGCCGUGAAUAAUGCCGAGACGGGGGCGCCGGGGGAGGGGCAGGAGUCGAUGGUGUGGUAUGACCAGUUGUUUGCGAAUUCGUUUGGGGCGAUUGAUUAUCCGUUUUUGGCGGCGGCGCAGUUCGAUCCGUCGGUGGACCCUACAUGGUCGUAUUUGCGAUGA